AUGAGGCCGGCCCUGCCUUUUCUGAGGCGCUGGUCACGACACUGGCUCUCUCCCAGCCCCCAGCCCCGCCCGCGGCGCCUCUGGUCCCGGCCACACGCAGUGUCAGGCCCUUCCCGCGGAUCCUGCGCCCCGCCUCCGAGCCCCUCUCCAGCCGGUCCGGGAGGCGGCCGGUGGCCCGUCUGCGGUCCAGAGGGGCGAGGUCCGGGCGGCGGGGCGGGGUCCGGGACGCGGGCGGUCCCGCGCGGGCAGAACAGUCGGAAGGGCACGGGCGGGUGGCGAGCAGGGCUGCCUGGGUCCUGCGAUCACCGGGUGGGAGCCGGAGCGGACCGGCCGGCCUGCGUCCCCGAGGGGGGCGGGGGCUGCCCAGGCGCCGGGCAGCGCGCGGACGGCGGUGGGCGCCGCGGGGCGGUCGGGGUCAACCGGGUCACUAGGGUGGGGGACCCGGAGAAGCGGAGCGGGGUGCGGACGUCGGCAGAGAGCGAAGGGGCAGGCGUCGGGGGCUGCGCAGAGUGUGGGCCGGUUGGCAGAAGGCACCGGGCGCGGACAGGUGCGAGGCACCGCAGGCGGGACGCAGCCACCCCGGGACACCCAGCGGGCCAGGCACUGAAGAUGCCCGACGGCCCGGGGGCGGUGGCGAGCGCCCGGGCGCAGGGCCCGUCGCGGCCCGCGGAGGCCUCAGGGUCCCCGGGUCCCCGGCGGGGCGCCGCCCGCGCCAGCGUCCCGCAGAAGCUGGCCGAGGCGCUAAGCAGCCAGUACGGGCUGAACGUGUUGGUGGCGGGGCUGCUGCUGCUGCUGGCCUGGGCCGUGCACGCCGCGGGCGUGGGCAAGCACGCGCUGCUCUGCGUGCUCACGGCGCUCAUGCUGCUGCAGCUGCUCUGGAUGCUCUGGUACGUGGGCCGCAGCGCCGCGCAGCGCCGCCUCAUCCGCCUCAAGGACACGCACGCCGGCGCGCGCUGGCUCCGCGGUAGCAUCACACUGUUUGCAGUCAUUACCAUCAUCCUAGGAUGCCUUAAAAUUGGAUACUUUGUUGGCUUUUCCGAGUGCUUGUCAGCCACUGAAGGAGUUUUCCCUGUUACCCAUGCAGUACAUACUCUCUUGCAGGUAUAUUUUCUUUGGGGACACGCCAAGGAUGUUAUCCAGUCUUUCAAGACACUUGAAAGGUUUGGGGUGAUCCACUCAGUGUUCACCAACUUGCUUCUCUGGGCCAACAGCAUCCUGAAUGAGUCAAAGCACCAAUUGAAUGAGCAUAAGGAACGGCUCAUCACCCUGGGCUUUGGGAACAUAACAAUAGUUCUAGAUGACCACACCCCUCAGUGUAAUUGCACAUCUCCAACUCUCUGCUCAGCCAUCUCACGUGGGAUUUACUACCUGUACCCCUUCAACAUAGAGUAUCAGAUCCUGGCCUCUACGAUGCUCUAUGUCCUAUGGAAGAACAUUGGACGCAAAGUCGACAGCCACCAGCAUUCGAAGAUGCAGUUCAGGUUUAAUGGGGUCAUGGUGGGCUCGGUCCUGGGUCUGACUGUGCUGGCCACCACCAUUGGGGUUGUGGUGGUAUACCUGAUUCGGAUUGGACGGUCCAAAACCAAGAGUGAGUCAGCACUCAUCAUGUUUUACCUGUAUGCCAUUGCCCUGCUCAUGCUCAUGGGGGCUGCGGGGCUGGUUGGCAUCCGGAUCUACAGAAUCAAUGAGCAAUCACUAGAUGAGUCCAAAAACCCAGCCCGCAAGCUGGAUGCAGACCUCUUGGUGGGCACAGCCUCUGGCUCCUGGCUCAUUUCCUGGGGCUCAAUAUUGGCCAUCCUCUGUGCAGAGGCCUGCCCCCCCUAUACCUGGUACAACUUACCCUACUCCAUCCUGGUGAUUGUGGAGAAGUACAUCCAGAACCUCUUCAUCAUUGAGUCAAUUCACCGGGAGCCCGAGAAGCUAUCUGAGGACAUCAGGACUCUUCGGGUGGUCACUGUCUGCAAUGGCAACACCACCUUCCUUGCUUCUUCCUUCCUCAAGAGUGGAGGUAUGGCUGGGGAUGUGGCUCCCCAAGAUGGAGAGAUGCCACAUGCUGUCAAUGGAAAUAUGUGUCUGAGAGAAGGCUGUGGCAAGAAAGAGGAGGAGAGGAGCUUGGAAACAGUCCCAGGCCCAGCCUGCUACCCCCGUUUCUUGCAGGGAUAUACCAAGAGAAGAGUCCUAAGGAACAUUGCAGCAUUUUUGUUCCUCUGCAAUAUUUCGCUUUGGAUACCCCCUGCCUUUGGCUGCCGCCCAGAGUAUGACAAUGGAUUGGAGGAGAUCGUCUUUGGCUUUGAGCCUUGGAUAAUUGUGGUCAACCUGGCCAUGCCCUUCUCUAUUUUCUACCGAAUGCACGCAGCUGCCUCCCUCUUUGAGGUCUAUUGUAAGAUCUAG